GGAACGCGCCACUCCCCCGCCAAGGAGUUCCUGCUUUUCCUGUCGUUGCAUCUCCCUGCUGCUGGCGAUCUUCGUGGCCCUGGUUGCCGUGGUCGUGAAGAUGGUGCCCAUUGAGGUGAUCUACCAGAACUCCCAGCGCGUGGUGACCGACUCCGCAUCGAUGAUGGAGGAGACGAUGGUGACCGGCACCGUGGUGCCUAGCACAGUGACCACGGCGGCCGAGACCAGUGAGACACAGAGAUCACAGAGUGAGACCAUGGAGGCGGAAAUCACCACGACCACCACCGAAGCGCCGUCCGGAACUCCGGAGGUUCAGGAGCUUCAGGAGGCGGAGGUGCCUGUGGACGCGGCUCCUGUCCCAUCCGUGCCACAACCAGUGCCACCAGCACAACCGGUGCCACCAGCGGAACCGGUGCCACCAGCACAACCGGUGCCACCAGCACAAAUGCCACCAGCGGAACCGGUGCCACCAGCGGAACCGGUGCCACCAGCACAACCGGUGCCACCAGCACAACCGGUGCCACCAGCACAAAUGCCACCAGCGGAACCGGUGCCACCAGCGGAACCGGUGCCACCAGCGGAACCGGUGCCACCAGCGGAACCGGUGCCACCAGCGCAACCGGUGCCACCAGUGCAACCGGUGCCACCAGUGCAACCGGUGCAAGCAAGGCCUCCGCAGGUCUUGGCGGCCGAGGUCAUUCAUGGCGUGACUCGGGCAGACCUUUGGCACCCCGCACUCCUGGCAGAUCCCUCUGGUGUGGGUGCGGCCGAAGAUGAAACCAUGAAGGCCAGUCUGCAGGCGGUCUCAGGAAGUUUCCCGAAGAUCACCGAGGCCUUUCGCUUCCUGCGACUUCUCGUGCGCAAACACCACCUCGAUGGACGGCAGGUGCCUUUGCAAGCCGUCGUUGGAGUGGUGAACACCGGUUUUCGAAUCUGGAAUAAGCAGACUAGCCUCAAGCUCAUUCACGGCCUUGGCAUGGGCUGCCCCGCCAUGCAGACUUCGCAGACGGUGCAUCCGGGACAACGCCUCGACUUGACCCUGCAGCUGGAGGUGCCGAAUCGAGGACAAGGAGAUGGAAAUCCAAUGAUGAGAACUAUGUGGGUGCUGGUGGAUGGCGACACAGAUGAACCCUUUGGACCUCUUUUUGUGAUGGAGACAAUCUUUCUGUCCGGAUGAGUCCUGUUGCCGAACAAUCUGUGAACAUUUCACACGGAAUUUCCAGCACAUGGGAACGUUUACUGAGCCCC